UUUCCGGUUAAAUUCCUUCAGUCACACUCGUACACCCUUGCAAUAUUUGUGAACUUUUCAGAUUCUUGUAAAAUUGCAAUGCAUUAAGUGGGUUCAAAAUUCCCGUUUAGUUGUAAAAGACAUCAUGCAGACCUCCGUAAAUUUCAAGUCUGUAUCCAAGAACCCGAGCAAGGGAGUUAUUGGGAAGAGGACCCAAGUCGUAACUCCCACCUUCGAAGUGACCCAGUUGAGCAACUCCGUGUUGGGCAGCAAACGUGGUGUCCAACUGCCGAAACUGAUGGUGAAAGGUCAAAUCCUUCCAUAUCAGGUGGCCAAUGCCCGAUUCCAUGUAGUGGAGUCCGAUCCUCGUCCGCUCAGUGAUCAGCAAUUCAACGCACUAAUCAAGCGGUUGGUCAAGUGUUUCAUGUCGGAGGUGGAAAUCACAAGGCGACUGCGAAAGGCCACCACACAUAGUUCGGGUAAUCCAACGGAUCUGAAUCUCAUCCGCCGCCUGGAGUCUCUUCGUCGGAACUACGAGUCCGAGCGAUCCGUUCUCGUGGUGAAGCUCAGCCUGGACAGUCGCUUUAAUUUGCAGUCCUCUUAUGCUAAGGCUGAAAAAAUUCAGCAGAGCAAGUCCAUCAAACCUCGAAAAAGCAAUCCUCUCGAUACCCAUUCAAAGAGCUUUAAGGUACCCCAAAAAAUUAAGAGUUGCAAGCAUGAGUACGAUGUGCGUCCAAGUCAACGACAAAGUGGAGGCUAUUGCUAUCCCAAAUACUCGCCUAGAAGAGCCAUAGUUUGUAAUCGUAUUGAUAAGUCACCAGGUCCUUCCCACCAUCUUAGGGAAAAGCUCUACAGAUUGCUGGAAACUUCUAUACCUCCGUUGGAAUCUGCCCAAACUAAAGAAUCGUUCGAAGACCCUAAAGCCUUCGUGGACUCGGACAUUAAAGAUUCAAUUUCUGCUGUGUCGCCGUGCUCUUCUGACACGUUCUUUGAUAUUCCCGAUAUGGUGGAUUUUCAGAAAUGAAAGAGGAUUCUUUGUUAUAGGACUAUGUCUUCUAUUUCUUUCAGCUGAACCUUAAAAGUUGACAACCAAAAAUUACAUGCAAAACCAAAAAAGGCAACAAUUAUAUUUUCUUGUC